AUGUCCGCAAAAUACGUUCUCUCCGGAGCAGUCGCAAUGGCUAGCUUCAUUGGAGCACAAGCAGCUCUUAAUUUGAACUCUUCAAGCAACAUUGCCCUAUACUGGGGUCAGAACUCAUACGGCCAGGCCAGCGGUGACCUUGAACAACAAAACCUGGCGUACUACUGUCAAAACACAGAUGUUGAUGUUUUGCAAUUGGCCUUUGUCACUGUUAUCAACGGGCCCGGUGGCGUGCCCGAGAUCAACUUUGCUAAUAUUGGCAACAACUGUACUACUUUUGACGGCACUGCUCUAUUGGAUUGCCCUCAAGUCGGUGACGAUAUCAAGACAUGCCAGGCAGCUGGCAAGACCAUCCUCCUUUCCAUCGGUGGUGCCACAUAUUCCGAAGGAGGAUUCACUUCCACAACUGCUGCUACCGCUGGUGCGCAGUUGAUCUGGGAGACCUUCGGUCCCGACUCUAACAGCUCGGCUCUCCGCCCCUUCGGAGACGCUGUUGUUGACGGAUUUGACUUUGACUUUGAGGCCACUGUUUCCAACAUGGCCACCUUCGGCAACGAGCUCCGCUCCCUCAUGAACGCCGACACCAGCAAGAAAUAUUACUUGACUGCCGCCCCACAAUGCGUCUAUCCUGAUGCUGCCGACAACGAAAUGCUCAACGGUGCCGUCAGCUUCGACGCCAUCUGGGUCCAGUUCUACAACAACUACUGCGGAGUCAACGACUACGUUGCAGGCGCCAGCACCCAGAAUUACAACUUCGCGACUUGGGACACCUGGGCCAAGAACACCUCUGCCAACCCAAACGUCAAGGUCUUUGUUGGUGUUCCCGGUAACACCGGUGCUGCCGGAACUGGAUACCUCUCUCCCUCUGCCCUUCAGCCAGUUCUUCAAUACUCUGCUACUUUCUCUAGCUUUGGUGGUGUCAUGAUCUGGGACGCUAGCCAGGCCUAUGCUAAUAGCGGCUUUAUCACUGGUGUUGCAUCGGAUUUGGGUAGCAGUAGCAGCGGUACUAUUUCCCGCAUCAUGCGCCGCCUUGUCGACCGUUCUUACUGGUAA